AUGCUUUCACCAGCCAUCCGCAAUUUACUUGUCAAAGGAAGUCAAAACACCAAAUAUACUCCCCGUCUACUCUCCACGUAUAGAAAAACAACUUCAUUCAAGAUUCCCAUUCCAUUGAGUAUCCAAAGUCGCAAUAUGGCGUCUAAAACCCCCAAUUCAUCGCCCCCUUCCCACGAUAUGGUCUAUUUUCCUCAAAUGACCUCGGAUCUUCCAGCUUCCUCCCAUGAAUUUCGUAGAGUACUUUUCACAGGUCUCUACUCCCAGGUCGUCCUCAUGACCAUCCCCGUCGGCGGCGACAUAGGUGACGAAGUCCACACAGUCGACCAAGCUCUCACCUUUACUUCCGGCACUGGCCUCGCCACCAUCAACGGUAAAAACCAAGAAGUUAGAAAGGGAGAUUUGAUGGUCGUACCAGCGGGAACUCAGCAUCAAUUUGUAAACACAGGGAAGGAACCAUUAAUUUUGUAUACGAUUUAUUCGCCAGCAGAACAUGCGCCAACUACGGUGCAUAAGACGAAGGAGGAAGGGGAUAAAGAGGAGGAUGAAGGAAAGGAUGAAGCUCCGGCUUGGUCAAGGAAGAGUAAGGAGGAGAAUGAAAAAGAGGGAUUGGUAAAGUUGAGUGGGAAAUAUGAUUAG